CAUCCUAAGUCGGAAGUUGAUAUAAAUCUUUACGGUUCGCUCAGGCAAGCUCUCGAAAAUAUAAAUUCUUCAGAACUUACAUGGCGGGACCCUGAAGCGAGUAUGGUUCUUAGCGAUGAUUCGGAUAUAGUAAAAAACUUGCAACCUAGACAGAAGAAUGUUUUCUUGGAACCGCGAGAAAAUAUGAAAUGUAUUAUUCCUGAAUCGAUCAAAGCAAAAUGUAAUGAAUUUGUAAGUGGCUUUAAUAAUUCGAAUACAUUACACGAUACUAGAAAUAUUUUUCACGACAAAAGUUGGAAAGAAAGUGAGAGUAAGUUGAUGGAAAUUACCGGGCGUAUUCUUAGUACACUUGGCGAGAUAUGGAGUAACCCUGCAUUCACGAGUAGCGUAUCACGUAGUGAACAGAGUGAAGGAACAUACAUUUCGGACAUUAUAAUGCCUUUGCUUCGAUCGAGUUUGGGAGACCUUCUCAACGGUAGUAUCUGUUUAAGUCCAGAUGAUUUUCCGGAAGUUGAGUUAAGUGAAUCUACCAUAACUCCUAUCCCUUCUGCUCAUAUCUCUAAAUCUUCAGGUCUAGGCGAUUUGCCAAAAACUCAGGGGUUUAACUCAGAUUUCUCUGACAAUGAUGAGGUAAAUAAUUGGAGUGCAACGUACUCUGAUAACGAUGAUGAGGCAGG